AUGUUCAUUGGAUGUCCACCAAAAGCGAUAAGGAGGUGGUGCAGUAAAGACUUCUCGCUUCGAAUAAAAGGCUGGGCAGGCCAGCCUAACUUUAGGGGUACCUUCGAUAUCCUCUGGACGUCCCUCGUUACUAUCGGCAUCAGCACAUACUCCAUGCUGUGCCUGAACGUACCCUCCCCGAAAGACACCCAUCCCACGCUCAUCUGGCGUCGACUACUCUGGAUGUGCUUGGGAAUCGUCGGUCCGGAAUUUCCCUUGACAUACGCUGCGGGACAAUGGAGCCGAGCGAAGCAUUCAGUUCAAGCGUUCCGGGACGCAGGGUACGAAGACUGGCACAUGCGACAGGCCUUUUUCGCAGACAUGGGAGGCUUCGUCUUUCAUGCUCGCGACGGCGAUCCCUUCCCAUUGAAUGCGACACAGCUCCUCUGGCUCGUUCGGCACGGCCACGUCGAGUAUCCCAAUAUAACGCGCAAGGAGGUCUGGGACAGGUCCAAACAGGACACCUUCACGAAGAUCAUUACUGCGUUUCAGGUCGGGUACCUUAUCUUGCAAUGCACGGCGCGUGCGAUCCAGAACCUCGCCAUAACGACGCUCGAGCUCAACGCGGUCGCUAUCGUACCUGCAGACGUGCAAACGCCAAUACACAUAUACUCACCCCGCACACUAGUCGAAAUCACAGAUAACAUCCCAUGGAGUCUUACGCCGCUGGAUUUUGUAGACGAGAAUGGCCCCGGCUAUUCGGUGAACGUCCAGCCGUUCAUGAAGAUGCCAGUGAUUCCUCCAGAGCGUCCGAUACAGCGAAUUCCGAACGACCGUUUUCCGAUGAACCCUUACGGGCCGCAAGAGUACCUGCUGUGUUUCGCAACACUGGUGUUCACGGCGAUCCACGUCGCAGGGUGGAACUUUGACUUUCCAACUUACACCGAGCGUCUCCUUUGGCGCAUUUCGUCGCUCCUACUCUUUGGUAUAACGGUCGCGUUCUGGUUCUUCGAGACGAUCGCCUCUUGGACAAGGCUGGGGCGAUGGAAGACAAUCUACCUAUAUCUCUUCAAUAAGCAGGGUCUGGAACGACACCGGCGACAAAUGCAACACAGACAGAUGACCAUGAUCAAGCGACAAUUGAGUGAACUGCCCCUUCCCUGGGAGUUUGCGACGAUUACGCCGCUCGCAAUUGUUUAUGGAAUCGCAAGGCUGUAUCUGAUUAUCGAGGCGUUUUUGGAGUUGAGAAACAUCAAUGGGAGUGCAUAUGUCAAUGUUGAAUGGACCGAUUUCAUUCCGCAUGUUUAA